AUGGCCGAAUGUGGAGUCCAAUGGAAAUUUAUUCCACCCAGAGCCCCACAUUUCGGAGGAAUUUGGGAAGCGGCUGUGAAAUCAACAAAACAUCAUAUAAAAAGGGUUAUUGGCUUAUCGACGUUAACGUUUGAAGAAAUGUCAACAUUACUUGCACAAAUUGAGGCAUGUCUUAACUCAAGACCAUUGACUCAAAUUUCCCAAGACCCGAAUGAUUAUGAAGCUUUAACUCCGGCAUAUUUUUUAGUUGGAUCGUCUUUGUUAUUCCCGAGGGAAACAGAAACACUUCAAGAUAAUCCAACGCGACGCUAUAAGCGAAUCCAGGUGAUGAGACAACACUUUUGGAGAAGAUGGUCCAAGGAGUAUCUGUCUCAACUCAAUAAUCAACAGAAAUGGUAUAAAUGUGACAAACAAUUAAAGAUAGGAAUGUAG